ACUCCAGCUCGUCACGGGAACAGAUCAUACACAGCAGUGCGUUAAUAGAUUCGGUCGAUUUACACCAGGCGUGUGUGGUUUUCAACUUCAACUAACUAGUACAGAUACGCCAGCCUCCACGGGGAUGGUCAUACUCUGGAAAUCCGUGUUCCUGGUUUUCUGUUGACCGGCUGCAGUAGAUCGCAGAACUUCUAACGUCCAACGAGUAGCAACCAUGACGGUCGUCGUAGAGAGAAAGUCCGAUGGCGGCGGUGGUGGUUUGAAGCGUGAGAUGGGUCUCAUGUCGGCCAUCAAUGUCAUCAUCAGCGUUAUGAUCGGUUCCGGCAUCUUCGUUUCACCCACGGCAGCCCUCAAGUAUUCCGGUAGCGUUGGCUUCUGUCUGGUGGUGUGGACGGUAUGUGGAGGAAUCUCUCUCCUCGGUGCGCUUUGCUUUGCCGAGUUGGGCACGGUAGUACCGCGAUCCGGGGCUGAGUAUGCCUAUUUGAUCGAGGCUUUCAAGAAGUCACACUCCUUCUGGGGUCCUCUGCCUUCGUUCAUCUGCGCCUGGGUGUACGUGAUGAUUCUGCGGCCAGCCGAGAUCGCCGUUAUCAUCUUAACGUUCGCCGAAUACUCGAUUCUGCCUAUGCGCCAUCUUCUCGGUAUCGAAAAUCUACCGGCCGAGGAUCUCCAUCUGCUAGUUAAACUCAUCGGAAUAUUAGGAUUAGGCAUUAUCACCUACAUCAAUCUCAGCAGCGUGAAACUUUACGUGACGAUCAACAACGUGUUUGGUUUCUGUAAGGUGUUUGCCUGUCUGGUGGUGAUCUUCGGCGGGAUCUAUCAACUUGCGAUAGGAAACACGGAAAACCUAGCAGGUGGAUUCGAGGGCACCCAUACUAGCCCCGGUUACAUUGCGCUUGCCUUCUACAACGGUCUAUGGGCUUACGACGGUUGGUCAAGCGUGACGACCAUCACAGAGGAGAUCAAAAAGCCGGAAGUAAACAUACCACGAUCGAUCAUCAUUGCAGUGCCGAUUAUUACUGGACUGUAUGUGUUUAUGAAUCUUGCCUACAUGACCGUACUUCCGAUCGACGAGAUGAUCAAUUCGGAGGCUGUCGGUAUCGAUUUCGGCGACCGUGCCCUAGGGUGGUUCUCUUUCAUCAUACCGGUUGGUGUGGCGUUGGCAACGUUCGGUUGCGCUCUCAGUAUCCAGUUCGGUGUAACACGCCUGUGCUACGUGGCCAGCCAGGAAGGACAGAUGCUCGAACCAUUGUCCUACAUCCACGUACGUCGUUCCACACCCGCCCCGGCCGUCGCCAUGCAGGGUGUGCUGGCACUCGCCUUCAUUCUGGUCGGCAACAUUGAAACACUGAUCGAAUUCGCUUCAUUUCUGAUCUGGUUCUUCUACGGUUCGGCCGUUGUUGCGUUGCUAGCACUGCGCCGAACGCAACCUACGGUCCACCGGCCCUAUAAGGUGCCCCUGAUCGUACCUUUCAUCACGCUAGCCGUUUCCGUCUUCCUUUCGGUGGUUCCGGUUGUAACAGACCCUUCGCCCAAGUAUCUAUUUGCACUCGGCUUCAUCCUUAGUGGCGUACUGGUGUACACACCCUUCGUUUACUACAAAAUACGACCGAGAUGGAUCAACAAACUCACCUACCUCAUUCAAGUACUCUUCGAAGUUGCGCCAUCUUCCAGCAAACUAGACUAAUUCGUGCACGUGGAGGCUGCUACUAUCUUUUAUAAUAAAAUGUUUUUCAUUUUUUAA